CCAGGUGCCAAUCUCCGGGGAUUCCCGGGGGAUCCUCCUAGAACGGGCGAGGGGAUUCCCCCGAGAAUUGGCGAACUCAUUAAACUAGUGAAAUCUGCCCAUUGAUGCGAUGAAACUCACGCAUGAGGGUCUAACUGUUCCUAAAAUGACGAUUUUAGAACAUACCCCCCACGUUGUCACCCAAAUUUGGCCAAUAAAUCGACUUAGAACGAGCGAGGUGGAUCUCCGGAGAAUGAUCCACUUCGAACUCGUUCCACCUCCUAAAAAUCACUCAGAAAUAACAUAAUAUGAAGCAAAAAGUGAGAUAACUUAAUAUUUAUUGAUCCUUUCACGCAUUCAAGUCCUAAAACUAGCUAAUUAGUUAAUUAGUAGAAGUUAAUUAAGCCGUUCAGAGCGGUGUUUUCAAUUUGCCGCGCAACGCGUUCAGGCGGUUUGUUGGCAACGCCGCUCCGCUCCAUGCCUUACGCAUGCUGGUCGCUGCGGUCGCAGACUCGCAUGAAAACAAACGGCAUGCACGGCGAGGCCAAAAUUUAAGUAAUUUUACAACAUAAUUAGUGCAUUUCGACUUGCUGACAGCUGAAGUGUCAUCCAGUGCUCCAUUCGUUUGAUUUCCUCAAAUGAGUGUGUAUACAAUAAAUGGAUAUUGCUCGUAUCGUCGCCGAGAAGAAGCGCGAGUGAUUUGACUGCAUAAUUUCUAGGACGAUGUCAGACAUGGAAAAUGAUGAUAAAAAUGCGGAUGAGCAGGACCUGACUGACAAUGAGGAAGAAACACGAAAAGAAAGAUACAAAUAUGUCGUGGUCGAGUUUGGAAAGCGGAGAGGACACCAAGGAAGCUUCGAGAUUCUUUCUUCGAGAUGGAUUUGUGGUGGACAUACGUUCUGGCCCCCAUAUCGCAACUCGUUACAAUUUGUAAAAAUGCUGCAACGGCAUGUUGAGCCAGUACGGGAAGUGUGGGCAACCUUCCCUAUCAAAAGGGUUGUUGGGCAAACCGAGGACUUCAGAACGGCAGAAAAACUUUUAGACGACAGCGACGCAGACGCAGGCAAGGGAACUGCCGUUCGAAGCACAAGAGGAAAGAAACCAAGUCGGUAUUUGAACAGUCCUGAGGAGAAUAAUGUGACAGCAGGAAAAAGGAGAUCACAGAAAAGGAACGCUAGCAGCACCUUGAGAAACAGCUUAGCCACUGUUAAUUCUGAAAGUUCUGAUGGUGGUAAUUGCUCCUCAGAAAUAGACGAGCAAGAUUUUGUUCCUCAACCAAAGUUAAUUGAUCUGACUGACUUGGGAUCUAAACUAGCUUUAAAUAUAGAGGUUGAAGCAAAAAACGCAGAGCAGCAUAACUCUGGCGGAUCACCGUCACAUAUUGAGCGGACGUCUCCGGAGAUUGGAAAAAUCAUGGCCGACAACAUCGAAACAAUUCCUCCCUCGGACGAUGACGAUGAUCUUGUUGAAGGCUCUGUUUUUGAUUAUAAUUGUUUAGAUACCGAGGAUCUGAGCCAUGAUGAGUCCCACCAGCAGAAUAAAUUUCCCGAAGUGUCUCAUAAAUCAGAUGAGUAUUCUAAGGAUCUUAAAGAGUAUAUCGACAGGAGGUUUGAUGCUCUGACAAAGAUGAUGAACGAGAGAUUGGACGAAAUUAAAUUUAUUCUGACCUCAAAUAACGUCACAUCUCUCCCUACUGUCACAAACAUCGACGACAUUUACCAAACCCUGCCAUGUAAAUCAGACGACGAGUUCAAAGCCUUUGAGGAUGCUUUGAAUCAACCAGCUGUUGUGACAUCUUUGGUCAAAAGACUGCGUCUAUUCCAUGGGCCCAAUUUGACGAGCUUUCUUAAUAUAUGUCUGAGGAAAGUUAUGUCAAAUGAAAUGGCUGAGAAGUUCACUUGGCACGGCGUGUCCAACCAAGGGAAGACAACCAAAUUGGCAUUUCGAUCCACCAAAACUGCUGCCAUGUUACAAAGAGCGGUGGUCGAUGAACUACCUAAACUGAAAACUACUCCCCCUGCCAAUCUUAUAAAUUUUACGCAAGGAGUACAAAGUUGGCUAAAGGAUGCAAAAAAGCGCUCGAGUAGGUCUCGCAGCCGAGCCGGAAGCGAACAGAGGACCGAGAAGGAUUCCCAAGAGAGAGGUGUUUCGUCCGACAGGGUUCCAUCCUCAAGGCUGACUGGGGUUUCCCCAAGGCCCCAUUCUGGUCCGAACGAAAACGACAAAACUCCAACGCAUCGUAGGAACCAGUCAGAUUGGAUCAACAAUAAAAGCCCAAAUUGGUAUGGCGGUGGGGGCCGAAAUUAUAGCUCUUACAGAUUUUCACCGUACAGUUCAGGAUACAAUGGUGGCAACAGAACGUCCUAUACGCCACGCAGACUCUAUAAUGACCAGCAGAGAUAUUCACCUCGCGGCCCGAACAACAGACCUAGCACGUCCCGUCAGGUGGACUACCAAUAUUGAAGCCUUUUUUUCUUUAUUCGAAUAAAUGUUUGAGCGCAAUAAAAUUUAAAUGCUAUCCAAAUUUGAUACAAAUUUUUUAUUACCUGACAUAUAUAUGUAUUACACUUAAUCUUAAUGGAAAAAUUAAA